UACGUCGUUGCGUGCGCACGAACAACAGCGCGCUGAAAUUCAAAGCUGAACUGCAGCGGGACCGUUUGGGAAGGCAGGUUAUAUACUGGGAAAAGGUGCCUGCAUUAAAUAAAAACAAAGCAUCACACGUUCAACGGAGAAGAAGUUGCCUUGUAUCAAAUCCUGAAAGAAAUUGUUUUCAUCUUCGAAAAGCACCGUCGUGCGGAUGGACCCCUUCAUUGAGAAGGUUGCAGAGCGUACCCGUGCCCGCCAGCUGUCGAUACAGAAGCAGAUGGCAGAGCGAGCGGGAGAGGAGGAGGGUGGGGUGGCGCGGAGCCCCCUGAAGAGGCUGAGAGACCCUCUGUCAGAUGGCGAGCAGAGCAGGAAGUCUGAAGCACCUGAGCCUCAAGAGGUGUUCAAGAGGCGUUGCUAUGAUGUGAGUGGUGAUGAGAAUCUGAACCCCAUGGAGCAGGCCAGGUCGCCCUUGAAGCCUCUCCACCGGCAAGUGGAAAUGGUGGUGAAGCCCGACACCCCCGCAGUCGCUUCCAUUAAGUCACGCAUGAACACGUUGGCAGCACAGCGGCAGCAGUGGGACACAGAAGGUGACGGUGACAGUGUGGAGAACCCUUCCUCUGUUUUCUCAGAGGAGGCUCCGGUGGGCUUGCCAAGGAGCUGCGUCUCAGGGAGAGACCUCUGUUCCCUCUCAAGCGUCGGCAUGUUGGAGGAUGAACCCAGCGCUGUCAGUGGGCUGGAGGAUCAGAGCGGAGACCAGGCUGCGCUGGAAACGGCUGUCAGAGUGAUCUCACAGCAUUUCUCUCAGAAGGACAGUGGGGAACUGCUGAACACCUCUGGCAGUGACAGAAGUAUAAGUUCGGAAUUUAGUCUUAUUGGUGAUGUAGAAUUUCGCUCUCGAGUGGAGAGAUUUGAGGCAAGGACCCCAGCAACUGAGCCCAUAGCACCCACCUCUCGGCCCCACUCCCAGUCUUCCAUUGCCAGGACCAUCCAGGAGAAGCUGCUCAACAGCCAGGGGUCAAGUGUCUCAAAGGCCAACCGCCUCCGCAAGGAGCGCGAAGAAGAGCUGAGAUUGGUGAGGUUGCAGUCCAAGAGUGACAACAUCUGGAAGAAGAAUGAUGCCGAAGCAUCGCUUAUGGAGGAUGCAGUGGUGACUCCUGGUUUGACUCGAAUAGUAGAACGGAACAAGAGAACCCAUUGGCUACCUCUCCGUCCCAUAGACUAUGAGGAGUCGAGGAGGCGCCAUGAUGAGACUUUGAACAGCGUGAGCAGUGAAGUGCCCUCGGAGGUGCAGGAGGACAGCCUGCUGGAGCUGUCCCCUGAGGUGGACCUCUGCACCAGCGCCGGCAAAGACCUGCAGCCACGAGAUGAGGAUCCCACUGUAGAAAACCCAGAGGAGGGUGAGGCCAUUCAGCGUGAGUCUCGGAGCAUGAAGAAAGUGACCUUUGUCCUGGAUCCCGAGAUGAUCGGUGAUCGCUCUCACUCAGAGGCUGAUUCCCAGGACAGCGAGAGGAAGGAAAGUGACACUGUCUCGGAUGCAGACCUGACCUCCCAGGAGGAAGAGCUGAAUAGCUCAGAGAUGAUUGAUCAAAUAUUUGAGGGGGUGCUGGAUACUACCGAGGACGAGGUGGAACCAGACUGCGAUGAUAACGGCAUGAGUAGUCGGGAAGAAACGGAGGAGCAGAGUGGGCAGCAAGUGACACAAGAGGGGAAUGUGACAACGGAGAACUCCAAUAACGAACAGGCAGAUGAUGAAAAGGAGAAGGCUGAGGUGGACAAGCAUGGUGAUAACAAUGUAGAUGAAGAGCUGACCUUUCCUCCUGGCUCCAUUCUCUCUCCUUUAACAAAGUCUGUUGAGGCUGUAGUUACGCCACUGAGAUUGAUGUCUGGUGAUGCACCUGGACCCAUUCCCUUCCACCUGACACCCAGUGAUCUGACGGAGACCCCUCCUCUCUACAGCAUUGAUGCUUAUCGGAGCCUGCGGCAAAGUACUCUACGCUCCUACAACAGUGUGACUCCUACAACCAACAGGAAGGCCACAGAGCAGACUCGGACUGCUCAGCCUCACAGUGUCAAGGAGAAGAUCAAGAUUCUGAAUGAAGAGAUUAGCAAACUUCAGACCAUCAUCUAUCAGACUACCCAAGCGCUGAACUGCUGCACUGAUGAGGAGCACGGGAAGGGCUCGCUGGAGGAGGCCGAGGCCGAGAAGCUGCUGCUUGUGUCCAUGGAAAAGCGCCUCUCUCUGCUGUCUGAGUUGAGCCGUUUGAAAGAGCCAGGAGCCAGCGCUGGGUCCGCAGAGAGGGGCUUGGAGACGUCUCCCCAGGAGCCAUGCAGAGGCACCCUGAGCAUCUCUGAUGUGCGCCUGCCGCUGAAAGUGGAGUUUGCCUGCUCCGCACGUACCAGGGCAGGGCGACCGAGCCAUUAUUUCUUUGUGCUGAUCCGUUAUGGGUCCAGUAACAUAGUAGCUACCCCCCUUGCCACAGCAGCAGAUGCCAAGAAUGGGGACACCAUUGCUUUCCCCACCUCCAUCACCCUACAGGAUAUUCGCCCCAACUUUGAAAUUGAUGUGGAGGUUUAUAGUUUGUCUCACACAACAAAUGCAUGUAAUUCUGAAAGGAGACCUUCAAAAUCUAAGGUCACGCCUAAAAAGCUGCUUACCAACAUCACUAAAUCAAAUCAUAACCAAUCAUCUGCAGUUCUUCCAGCUUUGGGAAGCUCUGUUCGGGCCAGCAACUUUUCUCUGGUGGGAUCUCAUAAGAUCACGCUAACUUCCCUUGGACAAAAUAAGUUCCCUUUGGAUAAGAUCAAAUUUGAUGGAAAAGUCAGGAAGCUACUGGGCGAUGAAUUUCAGGAGAAGGUUCCAUUUUUGUCCCCUCUGGAAGGGAACAUUUACCUACGUCUUGCAUGUCAGAGCCAUUCUAACAUUGAGCACAGAGGCUUUCUGACUAUGUUUGAAGACAUCAGUGGGUUUGGCGCCUGGCACCGCCGCUGGGUCUGUCUGGAACGUGGUAACCUGUCCUACUGGAACUACCCCAAUGACGAGCGCAGCAAGCCAGCAGUUGGAUGCAUUAACCUGACCAACUGUACCAGCCAGUGUGUGAAGCCUGUGAACAGAGACUCCUGCGCACGCCCCAACACCUUUGAGCUGGUCAAGUUAUCACAGCAGAAGGAUGCGCGUGAGAUUCUGUCCAAGUGCUGGUUCUCAGCAGACACCAAGGAGGAACGUGAGGAGUGGAUGGAGAAGCUGAACCAGGCACUGCUGGAUCACAGGACCUGGAAGCCGGUGGUAUCAGACCAACAGACCCGGCAGAGAGAUGCUCCACAAGAUAUGUCGUUCACUAGUACCCAUUCCAGGGAAAGUAUCUUAUAAUCAGCUAACAUCAAAUGCCUGGUGUAAUUGCUUUGAAGUUACACUACAUUUGUAAAUGUAAAACAUUAUAUAACUAUAUAUAUUAUUUAGCAGUAAUUUGGGGUGAAGAAUUAUGAAUAUUAAAUACCUUUGCAAUAUUCUUUAACUUGGACGUAACAAAACAUGCCAUGCAAAAGAAAAUGAUUUAUGUUUUUAAUUGCCUAGGAUUGCUUCUUUCAUGUACACUACUUAGUAGCUUUGUUUUGCAAAAAACAUUUUGGAAUUUGCACAAUUUAUUAAUUUUACCUGGGACUGUGCAUUUAUAAUAUAGCACAUGAAAUCUGCUUAAACCAAAGAUGGCUAAAGCACUAGGUCCUCUUUGCUCAUGUGUGAUACAUUGUUAUUUGUGAUUAAGGAAAAAUACAGAUGUGGCAGAGUUAAUGUAACCGCUGAUGUAACGUUUAGGAGAAUAGGCAGACCUGUCCAGGGAUUUUAAAGAAUAUCUGAAAAAAUAAAUUAAUAAACAUUAUGGGUGAGUAGAUGGUUAUAUUUAUAAUUACAGAAAAAAUCUAAAAAUCCACAAGUAGUGCUUGAAUUAUUGCUUCACAUAAGUAGUGCUUGAACUGCCAUAAUUCAGUGGUUCGUUUUCAUUAGUCUUCAUUUCUAAAGUUUUAGGUGUUGAAUUCCUCCACAGCUCUCUAUGGAGGGUUUUAUCUCUUAUGUGCUUGUAAUCUGUAAAGUUAUUACUGGACAAUUGCAUUUUACUGGACAGAUGUAUUUUACUUUCUUGUUAGCUUGUUUUGCAAAAGCCUUUCAGAUCAUCAUUUUAUUUUUUACUAUACACCAGACCUAUUGAUCUGUUCCUUUGCUGGCACUUUUUGAAUUGCCUAACUGCAAUAUAAAAAGAAUGGUUAAUGUCAGUGUCUUACAAUGGAACCAGAAUCCAGAAAAUUCGAACCUAUAAUGUGGAGUAAUGUUUUUGAUAAAUGUGUUCUUCUGCAAUAUAAAUUCUGAAACUGCUAUCUACUCUGCAAUUCCUAAGAAUUUGUUUAAAUUAGUCAGUUAUUGGAUGACUCCUUGGUGCCAUGUCAGGUAUCGAACAACAGACCAAGCAGGGAACAACGAGAUGUUGUUUGCUAGCACCCAUUCCAGGAAGAGUAUCAUAUAAUCAGCCCACAACAUGUGCCUGUAAUUCAAGAGACAGGGCAAAGCCUCUAUACGAUGCCAUGAUGUUAUGUGACAAUGACAGUUUUUUCUGUCAGGCAUUCGUUGAAUAGGCUUAACUGAGAGGGAUUUAAAAUGUUUUAUGUGAAGUGUAAUAUGUGCCAUAUUAUACUGACUUGAAUGGUUCACCUAUAGCACUGCCAUCAUGAAGAUGUUGGAAUGCACUUUUACAGCCUGGGACUAUUGCUUAUCAUUUGAAGUACAGUAUAGUCUCUAGGAGCCAUUUCUCUUUUCUGUACAAAGGUAGUGGAGUAGUGGUUCUCAGUUUUAGGGAAGACACUAAUGGAUACAAAUUUACAGUAUCUACCCCUUGGUUAAACAGUAUGAAAGCUGCUCAGAUCUAAGCUCCUAGGCUUUAUACACUAAGCAUUUCUGAAAGAUGACCUGCAGAAGCUCUUUGCUUGUGAAUUCUGUCUUGUUUUAUGUAUGUCUGUUGCAUUCUUGUAUAAUCCCUGUAUAUUUAAAAUCUAUAUACACAAAAAUUAAUAAAACUUGCUUGUUUUCA